AAGCGUCCAACGGUCACACCUCAACAUCAUCCGCCAUCCACUAUCCACACGUGUCUCUCGACCCGCACCUUCACGUCCCCUGAAAUCGAUAAAGCCCAGCCAAGUCGACCUAUUCUUCUUCUCCUCCAGAUCUUCCGACUCAGCAGCUCCCGAGAGUACCGCAGUUUUCGACAACGUACGAUGUAGCGACAGCCUAUCGCCCCUCACAACCGAUCUGGAUAUGGCCUUGCAAGGAAGAGAACUGAUCCUUGCCGCCAUCACAUGCUUCAUAGCCUGGGGCUAUGCUGUUAGCUGGGUCCCGGUCUUGAGAUGGGUAGGAUACGCCUUGGUGGGAGGGGUGAUCUUGACCGUUGUCGCCUUUCUCACCCUCGUCCUCGUUACGUCGCGCGGCUUCGGCCGUGGUUUGCGACACCGAUCCCCGCGACCAAAUGGCCCUGCAUUCCUCGCACCCAAGGCCUGGGCCCGACAGGUCUCAAGCCUUCAAACAAGACAGGCUUAUACGAAAGUCGCUCUCGACCCGAACUCCAAACGCAUAUCCAAAGCCCUCGACGACCUCCUCGAACUCAUCAUACGGGAUUUUGUCAGCUCGUGGUAUUCCAACAUCAGCAAAAACCCAGUCUUCUCCAACGAGGUCGAUAAAGCUGUGCGCGAUGCCCUCAUCAACAUUCGAGAGCGCCUCUUGGAGCUUGACCUCGUCGACAUCGUCACCACUCGAAUCGUACCGAUGCUCAACGCCCAUUUCCGCGAUUUCUACGAGGCCGAGCGAGCUGUCCGAGGGAAGAAACUCAAUCGAUCGGUGACGGAAUCGGAGGAGCUGGACCUCGCAAUUGCCUCCAAAUAUAAGGAUGGGAAGCUCCAUCCCGCAGCUUCGUUAUCAUUUCCCGACACAAAGCUCGUACAGCAAGAUUAUUUGCGAAAGAUGGUGUCUGGAAUUCUGCCAAAAGUCCUACAGCCAAACAUGCUUGCCAGUCGAGCCGUCUCGAGCAUCAUCCGAGAGAUCGUCGCCUGUGCUGUGCUAUUUCCCGUAAUGCAAAUCCUAGCCGAGCCGGAUACAUGGAAUCAAGUUAUGGAAAACUACGGGCGUUCGAUGUUGCAAGACCGGUCGACAGUCCGUAAGCUCAGGGCGGCGUUGGAUCAACAUGCUUCUCCAGCACCAAGAUCGGGCAAGGCUGCCAUUAUACCCCGUCUCUCGCCCACCGAUAGUGAGAGAAAGUUUGAGAAGUUCAUCCGCGCUAUUCGGAAAGUCAGCAAUCUCUCGGAUGCAAGGCGGCUACGGAGCGAGGUUGCGAGCCAGUUGAAGCGGGAUUCCUUGGAGGAGAACCAGGAUCAGGUCUACCUCAGACGACUAGAAAUGGGCAAGCGACUACUGGAUGAACGCGUUCAGCUUCUUGCUGCUGGUGGAAGUCGACAGUCCUCUGCGACUUUGCCCACCCGCCCUUCCGGUGUUCCUCAGGCACCCUCCAAGCUAGAGCAUGCAUCUCUUGUUGACCUGCUCCGAGAUGCGUCAGGCUUGUCGUAUUUCAUGGAGUUCAUGGAUCGUCACCACAUGAUGCCUCUAGUCCAAUUUUGGCUAGUUGUUGAUGGCUUUCGCAACCCUUUGGAGGAUGAGGGCCAAGAUGACGAGCACCUACCGUCCAAUCUACCAAUGUGGACGAGUUCUGACCGUGAGGAUUUGGGCCAGAUUGACCACGCAUAUCUAUCCAAACCCGAACUGAAGGUCUCGAAAGCUUCUCGAGAUGAGGUGCGCGCUUUCCUGAACGCCGGCAAGACAGCCACUCCCGAGCAGUACUACAGAGCUCGCAGAGCAAUCUUGAGGGCCCAGACAGCUGUCUUGGACGCAAUGCAAGCCCAAUUCUUCCAGGCCUUCAAGAAGUCUGAUCUGUUCUACAAGUGCUUAGCCUCACAAGAAGCGUCAGCGAAAAGUGCACCACUACCCGUUGCAGAGCCGUCAGCGUCUACUCCAGCACCUCCAGCACACCCACCGACGCAUCGAAGCUCUCAUUCCUUCCAAUUUAAGCCCAGUCCUGUGACCCGUAUAGCCCCAAGGUUAACACGACCACUGUCAAGGCGAGCUGGUUCUGCAUCGGAUUUGGCCAGCCUCACUCUUAACGGGAACGGUUCCGAAUCGCUCUCUAAGCAACGUCGUUCUUUCGAGGAAGAUGUUUCAACCCCGCUGUUUGACGACGACGAUUUCGAUCAGGAGGGCAUGAUGGACUCGGUCGCUAGUCUUGACCAGGACGCAGGCAAGCCUCCUGUGCCAGAUACGAACGUGGUGCAAGCAAUGGAAGAAGCUCUGAACAAUAUAAUGGAGGACAAUCGGCCGCAAACGGCUGAAGAGUUUCGAGAGUCAUUGUUUGGGACGGAUGAUCAAGUCGACAGGUCAAGCUUAUUUUCUGGAGAUAACGAAUCCCUUCGCGGAUCACUUGAAAUGCCGAGACCUGCAGCUUCCUCCAAGGAAAUCGACAAACCAAGCCUUGCAUCUCUUGGUCUCGUUAGCGCGGCAUCUCGUAUUGGAGUGUUUAUAGAUGACGAUCUUUUUGGUGAUGAGGAGAAGUACCUUUCUGACGAACGAGACGAUCCAGAGGAAGAGACGAAAGGCGAUGUUGAGGACGAAAUCCAGGAAGCAGCCCCUGGUGACCUUGGGCUAGCAGAAGCUAUCACGGCGUUGUCCAAUGAUAUUGACCGCCUCAUAGCACAAGAUGCUAUUGUCGAGUCACUAACAAAGAAGGCGGACCUCACGAACAACACGGCUGAGCUUCGUAUUCUGCGGAAGUCCAAGGCGAGUUUGCAACGUGAAAUCCGUCGCAAAGAACUUCAAAGGCAACAGUACGUUGUUCAAGAGAGCGACAACAGCUUGUACGGGCGGUCAACGAUCAAGAUCAAGGCCAUCCAAGUCGGCAAGGAAGACGAUGGAAGGGAAUUCGCCCUGUAUGUGAUCGAGGUGCAAAGAGAUGCUGGCGAGAAGAUGCCAGCCGCGACUUGGAUGGUUACUCGCCGGUAUAGCGAGUUCCACGAUUUGCAUCAGAGACUUCGCUCAAGAUAUCCUUCUGUUCGGAACUUGGAAUUUCCCAGGCGAAGGAUGGUUAUGAAGUUCCAGAGUGAAUUUCUACGCAAACGACGGACGGCCCUUGAGAAGUACCUCCGAGAUCUCCUUCAGCUUCCAGAGGCGUGCAGGAGUCGAGAUCUGCGAGCAUUCUUGUCACAAAGUGUGAUAGCGCAAGGCCAAGAUCUUGUGGAUCGCGAGGACAAGAAAGACAUGAUCACAAGGUUCUACGACUCCGUCACGGAUGGAAUGGAAGACAUCCUCGGCAACAUUCCUGUCUUGGAUCAAUUGUCUGUGGCUGGUCAGAAUCUCAUCGCAGCAGCCACUAACCAGCUGAACGCUAUGCCACUACCUGUUAACGAGGAUGGUGUCAGCGCUGCUGAGGCCGAGGCUGAACUGAACGCUUUCGAGAACAAGGAGCUAGAGUCUUUCAUCAAGCCUAUCUGCGACAUCUUCUUAGAAGUCUUUGAACUCAACCGAGGAAACAACUGGCUUCGAGGUCGUGCUGUGGUUGUUGUCCUUCAACAGCUACUGGGCGGCACAAUCGAGCGCAAGGUUCGAGACAAUGUCAAGAUGCUCGUACAGGAAGAUGCCAUCAUCAAGUACAUCGCCCUGCUCAAGGAUAGCAUGUGGCCCGGCGGUGAAAUGAAUAAGAACAAGCAACCGAGGACGUCAUCAGAGAAGAAGAAGACGAGGACGGAAGCCAGCUUGAUGUUGGCUACCCUUAUACCCGACCUAGCAGGAAGCGUUGUCGGAAGAGUGAAUGCACAAGCAGCCAGCCGGCGUGUGUUCGCAACCUUCAACAAUUCGAGACUCAACGCACACUUAGCCUUUACGUUUAUGGAUGAAUUGAUAGAAACUUUGUUUGGUUAAGACGCGCAGGCUUUGCUUACUUGGUCAGUUUGAUACCAUUCGGAUGUGUUUACAGAUGAUGCGGCGACGGGAGUACGAUCAUUCAACCCAAACCGGCGGCAUACGCCGGAAACGAUUAUGAGGUUGCAUGAGGAGGCGUCUGGUUUAAUAUUUCUUCGUCCGGAAGUACAUACAUACUUAUUCACACUCAUGACAGGGGAGAGGAAGGCGGAUGGCCCAAGAAGUGGCAUAUAAUGCAAAAGUCCCGACAGGGAUCUAUUCACGGAAAGAUGUAAUGAAGCGACAAGAGGCACGAGACUGUGUCCUACGAAGUCCACGGGAGGAUAUGCGGCUUCCCAGGAAUCGCGACGAAUUGUCUAGUCAACUAGAUACGCAAACUUACAUGAAGAAGCUAGGCAGAGACCUCCAAAUUCGCGAGAUUAAUGAAGCUCAAGACACAUUCAAGUCAAUGGUGAG